ACUCUGUCCGUGCGCAUGAGUAAUAUCAUAAGGUCAAGGCGCAUGCGCAAGUUAGUAGUCCGGUGGUCUCAUGCUUCUUUCAUGCUCUCCAUUCUCCAAGUAGCAUUUGGCAAACUUAUGACUUGAGCUUGAGAAUGCUAUCAUGAAAUUUACUUACACAAAGUCCUAUGUAGCCUAGAGUAGAGUCCUCUCCCUUUGGUACAUUCCCGUUUGUACGUUAAAUUAAAAUCCUCAACGUGCUCAAUAUAAUUUAACAAAAGAAAUUGUGUACAUGAAUGUCCAGUGAUAGUUAAAACAUUAUAGUGUGAGGAAACUGGAAACAAAAUAUCACUGUCAGUUAAUAUUGCUCAAAGCCACAUCAGCAGUAUUGCAGCUAUUCGCGGCGACACCAUCAGUCAUAGAAAUAAUCAUAGGCCAGUGGUUUUCUCCACGAGGCAAUAUUAUUAACGGCUAGCAUAUUCAUCAAAACAAAAUUCUCAAAGACCAAUUUGUAGCAUUCCGCUAAAAUGAGAUUGUCCGAUGUUUUUACACGACUCCAUAGUCGCUACUUUAGGCCAUAUUAAUUAAUAGAUUUUCAUCGUCUCCCACCUAACUACAAAACAUCCCGCCUUACAUUAUUCUAUUCCCUCAAAGUUCAUAGAAAUAGAAAUAUCGCUAAUAUGUGUGUUCCUACUCCGUACACGUAGCCCUACUGAACACGCAUGAUACAAGUGAAUCGCAUGCCUUCGACAGCAAUUGUACACAGAUGCCCCAAAUAGUUCGAUAAGAAAACAAUAAAAUGUUAAAAAUAAAAUGCGUUCGGUCUCCCAUGUAUUUUAAAAUUCCGGCAUGGCUCUGAAUAAGUGAGUGAGUUUGGCUUAACACCGCUUUGAACAGUAUUUAUAUUUCAGUUAUACCCUGGCUUGUCAGCUUGAAAUUGGACGAAACCCACCAUCAUAGGUUUCUGGCACACCCAAGGAACUCUACACAGCGAAUUGCGACGCCUCAGACGACGGAGCCACUAGAUGACUAUAUAGGUGUUACUGCUACCCUUCAGGAGACUGAAGCUAUGCAUUCAGUAUGGUGUGUGUACCAUCACUGCCACGGGUUUCUCCAUCAUCCUCAUUAAUUUGCUGUCUUCUAAACGCCAACCUUGCUAUGGAGGUAUAAUUCCCGAAGAUAACUUUGAAUUAUACAACAAAUCGGAGCCACUGGAAGUUACAGUUGUCACAGCUUAUUUCCACCUGCAACGAUUCCGGAAAGGAUCUGGAGGCUUUUUUGACACAAGUCUUUACAUGAAGUGGGCGAACGUAUACCAAUAUAUUAGAAGCCCAUUUGUGUUUUAUACCGACUCGCCGGAAACUGCUGAAACAUUCAGAAGGAUGAGAGCAGGGUAUGAAAAUAUUACAAAGAUUUUACUGGUGGAAAGAAAAGCAGUGUGGGCUUUUGAUUAUGUAGAACGGAUUAAAGCAAUUUAUUCAAUACCGGGAUACCCUAAGCACCACCCGAACACAGUUGUGCCUGAGUAUUCGUGUGCCCAGCACGCGAAGUAUGCAGUCGUUGAAGAAACCGUCCUGAAAAAUUACUUCAACACGACUUAUUUUGCUUGGAUAGAUAUAGGAUAUUUUAGGUACAUCGUUGGACGGAACAAAGAGUUUGUGAUAGUAAAACCAGCUGAUUUCAACGAAUCUCGAAUUGCAAUGAACAAAGUGUACGAUGUGAGUAUGGACGUGAGUGUGGACAGUAUAUUCAAGGGAAAUCGGGUGUGGCUUGGUGGAGGGAUGUUUUUCGGGUCUGAGUACACACUACCGACUUUUAUAGCCGACUAUCGACACGCAGUUGAACGUUACCUGAAUAUGUCUCUUAGUAGCACAGAUCAACAAGUGAUUUAUUCGAUGAACACUAUCAAAGAAAAGCCUUAUGUGAGAAGACGGGUGUCCAUACAGGCAUAUUCAGCCCGAUAUUGCUGGUUCUACUUGGGAUUUUCAUGUUACAGAGAGUUAUCCUGACCACUAUUGUGCCAUAGCAAAUGAUCUCUAUUGUAUUGUAAGGAUGAUUAUGCUUGUGUUGUCAAUAACGGAUGUUCACAGCUGUGAUCAUGAGGCAGUUUACACCGACCGUACACCAUCGCUCUCCUAAUGGGUGACCCAUGGUUAGCUUCUGCUGAUGAUGUGUGAGUGGGUUUGAUUUAACACCACUUUGAACAGUACUUCGGUUAAAUACUAUUAGUUUAAAAGUUUGAGAAAGUCCGAAGUGGUGGUCAAACGAAAUAUAUAACUUUGGUAAAAGCAAGUUGCACGGGUAUGGUGCUGACAAACCAAGGUUCAUAAUCAGACAUACCCUUGGAUUCGAACUGGGAUUCUGGCACACGUAAGGGACGCAACUCUGCAGUAGGAAUUCCGCAUCUGACCCAUGUUAAGAUCCCAGGCGAGACUAGUUUCCCAGGACCACACUAUAGUAACAGUCCAUUGUUUUUAGACGAGUAGACAUUUUUCAAUUUGUACUUGUAUUCAGAUAUACAAACAAAUGUAUUUUUCAGUCUCUUAAUAUUUUAAGAAACGUUUUGUAAAAAGCGUGAAUUACUGUGGAAAUGUC